GGCAGCGGCGGCCGGGCCGGACCGGGCCGAGCGCGGACAUGGUGGCCAAGCAGCGCAUCCGCAUGGCCAACGAGAAGCACAGCAAGAACAUCACCCAGCGAGGGAACGUCGCCAAGACCUCGAGAACGGCCCCGGAGGAGAAGGCGUCGGUCGGGCCUUGGCUGUUGGCUCUGUUCAUCUUCGUGGUCUGCGGAUCAGCCAUCUUCCAGAUCAUCCAGAGCAUCCGGAUGGGCAUGUGAGGGGCCGGGCUCGGGCCAUGCCCGCCGGCCCCGGGGCCGCGGCGGCUGCCGAGGAGCGGCGCGCGGCACCGGCCGUGUCGCAUUCCAGGUCCCUUCACGAGUCAUUCCGAGUUUUCUAGCCCGUGCCACAGUGCCUUGAACAGCACCACAUGUAUAAAGCAAUAAAAGUCUGUUGUUGAUCUACAAUCGUGGACCUACUUAUUCGCUGAAGAUCCAGCCUGGUCUCUCUAAUACGUGGAGCUAUACGCGACCUAGGUCCGUAGGAACUGCCACCUGUUGUAAACACCGGUCCCAGAGCAGUGUCACCCUCGCUGUAUAGCUGGAGAUGGUUGGUUUGACGCUGGAAGCCAGGAUUCCUGUAGAGGCUGGAGCCCGACUGUGCAGCAUGUUCCCGAGGAGCCUCUGCGGGCUCCGCCGCCCCGCCGUGCGUCCCCCGUGUGUGCAGGCUGGGCCCACUGCAGCAUGUGGCAGUGCUGGCGCUCUCCUCACACCACGGCACCGCCUGUAGCUUUGUCCUAAUCCACGCAAAAUGCUUGUCUGUGUAGGGGUAGUGGGGUAGUGAGGAACCGGCACGGCCGGGCUGCAGCUGCUCCCAGCACGACCCGGUGCUGCAGCGUGGUGGACUGCGGGAGCACCUGGCCAGACCUGCGGCUCCCCAAGCCUCUCCCGGCCGUGCCUGUGCUGUAAAUAUUUCUUGGACAACUUUCAACAAGUGGUGAUAGUUUUAAAUUUGACAAUGUUGUGUGGGAAUAUUGGGUGCGGGGGGGGACACGCUGCUCCCCUGCCCACAGUUCUGCUUCUGUAUGUGCAGCCCCUGCAGAGUGUGGUGUGUCUUGCAAUAUAUAUUUAAUCCUAUUUAAGGUAAAACCUGCCUUCAACUCGAUUUCUUUUAACAAUGGAUCCAGUACUUACUUGCUUCCCUACUGGUGAUCACAGUUCCUUCUUCUGUAGACGACUGUAACUUGAGAUCACAUGGAAAAUGCUGCUAUUGAUCAUAUUUCCCUGCUGAUGGCCCUGACUCCUGCUGGCUCUGCUGUCUGUGUGGUGACAAAGGUGGUGGGAAUUGCUGCGUGGGGUGCACACAGUCACUAAAGGAAGAUUUCUUUUCUCCGGGUUUCUUAGUAGAAGACAAAUUUUAAGUCUGGUUACACAAGAAAUAAUAGAAAGCUAAAUGGGUUGAGGUUAAUGAAAUGCCUGUUAGCUGCGAGGGAGCAGAUCUUUUGUACGUGUUGUAUUUCCAUAUGGAGCCAUUGGGACUGGGGGGAGCCAGCGCAGCCCAGCCUGGGGCCACCAGGGCACGGGGACCUUGUGCUGGGAACUCGUGUGCUGUGGCAGGGGAAGUCUGUAUAAUCGCUGAUUUUAAAUAAAGUUCUUUUCAAACGCAA